GCACGAAUGCCCUGUGGGCAAUCACCCAAAACCGUAUACUGCGGCUGCCUAUUGUAGAACAAGCUCUCAAUAUACCACAUAAUAUAAAGAAAGAGGAGAAGAAGGAUGAGACUUAUUUCGACCCGGGCUCGAUCGUCACCGUUGAAGAGGCGCUACGAAUAUCUAAAGAGAACAGUCAACGUGCUGAACAAAUUGCUCGAAUGAACUUAGAGCAGAAGCUUGCGCGGCGGCAGGCGCAGGCGGCCGUUGAAGUCUCUCUCCCACGAGUUGUGAGUAUGAAGAGAAAGCAAAAGGGAGAGUGA